AAUUGCUUUAAACUCUUCUUGCUGGAUCGGAGGCUUUAAAAUCUUUUUUUCAUCUUCGAGCUGUACCUCGGGCUGCUCGUCGGCUCGGCCUCUCCCCUUUUGCUCUCCGCCUCGCCUUUCCCCAGGACUUCGCUAUUUCGCUUUAAAAAAAAAAAAAAAAAAAAGGCAAGAAAGAACUCCGCUCCCCCCUCCCUUUCCUCCAGCCCGGCUGCACCUCUGUCUUGCACUUUGCACGGAGAGAGGAAGACCGCGAGGUUGAGAGAGAGAGAGAGGAAAGAAAAAAAAAAAAAGCCAGGCAGAAGAGGAGGCGAGAAGCAUGAAGUGUUAACUCCCCCGUCCCAAGGCCCGCGCCGCCCGGACAGCGGCCCGCCGCGCCUCCAGCCCGGAGCGGCCGCCGCGCGCGCCCCGCCUGCAGCUCGGGCCGGCGAGGCGAGCACUCCUUAUGCAAAACGCGCAGCGGAGCGGCGAGCGGGGGACGCCGCGCACCCAGCCGGGCUCUUCUGGCUUCGCCGCCGCCGCCGCAGCCCGCAGAGGACCUUCCCGAGCCUGAAGCCGCCGGCUCGGCGCGCUAGGAGGCGAGCAGGCGAGGAGGGGCCGGGGCGAGCGAGCAAGCACAUUGGCCCCAUCUGGCGGAGCGGCGGCGGCGGCGGCGGCAGGAGAAUGGCAUCAGAACUGGCAAUGAGCAACUCCGACCUGCCCACCAGUCCCCUGGCCAUGGAAUAUGUUAAUGACUUCGAUCUGAUGAAGUUUGAAGUGAAAAAGGAACCGGUGGAGACCGACCGCAUCAUCAGCCAGUGUGGCCGUCUCAUCGCCGGGGGCUCGCUGUCCUCCACCCCCAUGAGCACGCCGUGCAGCUCGGUGCCCCCUUCCCCCAGCUUCUCGGCGCCCAGCCCGGGCUCGGGCAGCGAGCAGAAGGCGCACCUGGAAGACUACUACUGGAUGACCGGCUACCCGCAGCAGCUGAACCCCGAGGCGCUGGGCUUCAGCCCCGAGGACGCGGUCGAGGCGCUCAUCAGCAACAGCCACCAGCUCCAGGGCGGCUUCGAUGGCUACGCGCGCGGGGCGCAGCAGCUGGCCUCGGCGGCCGGGGCCGGCGCCGGCGCCUCCCUGGGCGGCAGCGGCGAGGAGAUGGGCCCCGCCGCCGCCGUGGUGUCCGCCGUGAUCGCCGCGGCCGCCGCGCAGAGCGGCGCGGGCCCGCACUACCACCACCACCACCACCACCACGCCGCCGGCCACCACCAUCACCCGACGGCCGGCGCGCCCGGCGCCGCGGGCAGCGCGUCCGCCUCGGCCGGUGGCGCGGGCGGCUCGGGCGGCGGCGGCCCGGCCAGCGCCGGGGGCGGCGGCGGCGGCGGCGGAGGCGGCGGCGGCGGCGGCGGCGGGGGCGCGGCGGGGGCGGGGGGCGCCCUGCACCCGCACCACGCCGCCGGCGGCCUGCACUUCGACGAUCGCUUCUCCGACGAGCAGCUGGUGACCAUGUCGGUGCGCGAGCUGAACCGGCAGCUGCGCGGGGUCAGCAAGGAGGAGGUGAUCCGGCUGAAGCAGAAGAGGCGGACCCUGAAAAACCGCGGCUAUGCCCAGUCCUGCCGCUUCAAGAGGGUGCAGCAGAGGCACGUCCUGGAGUCCGAGAAGAACCAGCUGCUGCAGCAGGUCGACCACCUCAAGCAGGAGAUCUCCAGGCUGGUGCGCGAGAGGGACGCGUACAAGGAGAAAUACGAGAAGCUGGUGAGCAGCGGCUUCCGAGAAAACGGCUCGAGCAGCGACAACCCGUCCUCUCCCGAGUUUUUCAUGUACCCAAGGGAAUCCUCUACAUCAGUGAUGUGAAAAAUCCUGUUGCCUGAAGUCAAAGAGAGUCCAUCAAAAUAUUUUAACAGAAAUGGUGAAUGAGGUGUUCUCAUGCAAAGGCCGUGUGAAAACACAGACCGUAAGUUUUCGUCUCCUGGUGCCUCGGUUUGAAAAGCCCAAGUGAGAACCGUGUCUGGUCUUGACUCUGGCUUCACUGCAGACCCCUCAGGGCUUCUCGGUAAUCAGUUUUUAGAGUAACUGCCCCGUCCUGGAAGACAGCAAGGAGUAGGAUGCUGUCUGGCAUGCAGAUUUGGAGAGCAGAC